AGAAGUUGGGGUGGGUUGGGAGGGGAGGAAAGAGAAAGAGAGUUGGGUUUUUGGGUGGGCAAUGGAAGAGGGGUGGCUGAGAGGUGGGGUUGAGUCGGGUGGGAAAGAAGGUUGCCUGGGUAGGAGAAGAGAGAUAGGAUUUUUUUUUCUUUUCAUUUUUUAAUGUUUUUAAUGAUUUUAAUAUGAUUUAAAAAUAAUAUUUAAUCUGAAUAUAAUUUUUUAUUAUUUAUUUGUCCACUUAUAAGUCCACGUCAGUUAAAAAAUAGGUUCCAUAAAUGCCACGUAGGCAGAUAACGGAUUCUCUGACGAUCUCGCUGACAGAGAGAGCAAAUUAUAGAUUUUUCGUGACGUUGAAUAUGUACUGGUAUAUGUCCCCAAAAUCGAGUAUGAACUCGUAAAUCACCCUAUAUAUUGGAGGGUUUUAUGUAAUUUGUCCAAGGAAAAAAGAAAAAGAUAAGCAGAUAAGGAAGGUGUGUUAGCUGGCAAAAGGUUGGCUUGGCUAAUGGCUACGUCAGCAAGCGCUUCAAUUACAAUUUGACUUUUUGACUCUCUGUUUUCUCUCUAUCAGUUUCGGUUUCUUCUCGCACGGGCCACAGUGCUACACUCUCUCUUUCCGUUAGCAAAUUAGGGUUUAUUAGCAAAAUAUGGGUUCUUGGUGAUCCUGGGAAGUAGAAGGAAGAAAAAGUGACAUCUUUGGGUUGAGAUCUGCUGCUUCUCUCUCUAGGGUAGAAAAUUGAAAUGAGCGCCUCCAGGUUCAUAAAGUGCGUGACAGUCGGUGACGGUGCUGUCGGCAAAACCUGCAUGCUUAUUUCCUACACCAGCAACACCUUUCCUACGGACUACGUGCCGACCGUUUUCGACAAUUUCAGUGCUAAUGUUGUUGUGGAUGGAAGCACUGUCAACUUAGCACUAUGGGAUACAGCUGGGCAGGAGGAUUACAAUAGAUUAAGGCCCUUGAGCUAUCGAGGGGCAGAUGUCUUUAUCCUCGCUUUUUCUCUCAUAAGCAAAGCCAGCUAUGAAAAUGUUGCAAAAAAGUGGAUUCCUGAACUGCAGCAUUAUGCACCCGGCGUUCCAAUAAUUCUGGUUGGAACAAAGCUUGAUCUUCGGGAUGAUAAACAAUUUUUUAUUGACCAUUCUGGUGCAGUUCCCAUUAAUACUACUCAGGGAGAGGAAAUGAGGAAACUAAUUGGAGCGCCAGCAUACAUUGAGUGUAGCUCAAAAACACAACAGAAUGUGAAGGCUGUUUUUGAUGCGGCCAUUAAGGUUGUGCUCCAGCCGCCAAAGCAAAAGAAGAAAAAGAGAAAGGGACAAAAGGCUUGCUCCAUAUUGUGAUAAGUAACAAAUAGAUUUAUGAGAUGAUGUGUUGACUGGCCGGCCUUUCUUCAUCACUACCUCCUUUGUAGUUGAAGUCCUUUGAGGAAGCAGCAAGCCGUGGUAUAUGUAUAGCAUUCACUGACAUUCUAGGGAUUCAUGUGAUAGCAUUAGAUGGUUUGUUUAAGACAUGUUUUCACGUAGUGUAACUCAUGGUUAGCCUUGUUAACACACGUACCUCUGUGUCUCUCUCAUACAUAUACCAGAGGUGAUGAAGAUCCCUAUUAUGACAGAUGUUAUUGGUUGCAAUGUAUUCAUAAUUGUCAUUCCUCAUUUUAAGUGUUUGAUAAUACAAAAGUUUGGGUAUUUACAGGUUU